GUGAAUGGAGGAGCAGCCUUCACUACCGCUCUGCUUGGUGCUUAGGGGACCUGGAGUGCACUGUGUUUAUAUUCCAAUCGGGAGAAAGAACGACCGCUCUGGAUGUAGCCUCCAAUCAUGUUGUCGGCGUUGGAUUGUGCAUCAACACCGCAAGUGUUUUAAUAUUAAGAGCUGGGAUAUAAGGGCUGCCGACUGGAAUUGUAGUCAUGGGAGGCCAGAUAACGCGAAAUGCCUUGUACGACUCUCUGGGCGGUCCGUUCCCCUCCACCACCCACCGAUGCCACCACAAGCCCAAGCGCUGCCUGCCCAUCCAGCAGUGUGGCGUUGUGGGCGGGGGCCAGAGGAGAGGCCUGGCCAUAAGUCCCUUGCUCUUCCACCCGAACACCAAGGGCUCCCAGAUCGCCAUGGACCUGGCCCAGAGGACCGUCAAGAGGCAGGCCAGCUUCUGUAACGCCAUCACCUUCAGCAACAGACCCGUAGCGUUGUACGAGCAGGUCCGGAUCAAGAUCACUAAGAAGCAGUGUUGCUGGAGCGGAGCUCUCCGUCUGGGCUUCACGGCUAAAGACCCGUCCCGUAUCAACCCAGACAGCCUGCCCAAGUAUGCCUGUCCUGACCUGGUCUCCCAGAGUGGCUUCUGGGCCAAGGCACUACCUGAGGAGUUCGCCAACGAAGGGAACGUCAUCGCCUUCUGGGUGGACAAGAAGGGCCGGGUCUUCUAUAGAAUCAAUGAGUCCAACCCGAUGUUGUUCUUCAGUGGGGUGAGAACAGGAGAACCGCUGUGGGCACUGAUAGAUGUCUAUGGGUUGACCCGUGGAGUGCAACUGCUAGAGAGUGAGAUGGUCCCUCCCGACUUCCUCCGUCCCCGCUCCUUCACCACCGUACGCUCCUCCUCUCUCCGCCGCGAGGCAGAUGAAUCCCGCCUCUCUGUCAGCCUCUGUGACCUCAACCUGCAGGAAGUGGACGGCUCUGGCCCAGCCCACCCACAUAACCACGCCCAUCUCCACCUGGCCCCUCCCUCCGCCUCCUGCCCCAUCCCCCAGAACUCCCUCAACACCCAGCAGUCCUCUGUCCUCCCACACUCCCUGGAAAGCGACCUCCAUUUCCACGCCCUCCGCGGUGCCCACAUCAAGACGCUCGACGAGCAGACAGUGGCGAGAUCCGAGCACGCCAGAGAGGAGCGAACGCUUGUCUUCACUGACCGGCCACUGCGUACCGGCGAAACCGUGUUUAUCAAGGUGACCAAGUCGAGCCCAGCUAGGUCGGGAUCGCUGUCCUAUGGCGUGACAUCAUGUGACCCCGCCGUGCUGCGCCCUAGCGACCUGCCCUACAACCCGGAGGCCUUAGUCGACCGCAAGGAAUUCUGGGCUGUAUGCCGAGUGCCCACGCUGCUCCAGAGCAGUGAUAUACUGGGCUUCCUGGUCAACCAGGAAGGGGAGGUGAUCUUGAGCCACAAUGGCACCAAUGCGGGGAUGCAAGUGUGUGUGGACAACUCCCGGCCCCUGUGGAUGUUCUUCGGUCUGCAUGGAGCCGUCACUCAACUCAGGAUACUGGGUUCCACACAUCUCGGGGACCAGCCGGCGCGGGCUCCCUCCAUCCCCAGCUCUCCCUCCUCCUCCCCCCACACCCCCAGCGCCCUAGCCCUGGCCCUGGGUAGUGGAAGCUCUGACCCGGUCCUUAACGGAGGCCUGGGAGGCCCCAGCUCCGUGGCCUACUGUGGUGGCUCUGCGGGAGGAACGACCCCCAGCUCGCCCGUCAGCCUCCCCAAGUCGCCCACCUUCCCAUCAGGCAGCGGGAGAGGGCCCGGGUGGCUGACAGGCGAUGAGUGUUCCAUCUGCUACGAGAACCACGUGGACACGGUCAUCUACGCCUGCGGUCACAUGUGUCUCUGCUACACCUGCGGCGUCAAACUCAAGAAGAUGUCCAACGCCUGCUGCCCCAUCUGCAGGAGACAAAUCAAAGACAUCAUUAAGACCUACCGUAGCACGUAGGGGGCCUUUGAAGCUAAGGGCCUCGUAACUGAGGGCCACAGGCAUAAGUUAAUGGGGAGAGGAGGAAGACGUUGAGGAAAGACUGAUAAACUUUUAAGAUCAGGGAAAUGGACAAUGGACAGUUCGCUCUGGUAAUUUUGUGUGAUGGAUUUUGAGGAAGAAUCUUGGUUUUUGUUUCAAAUACCCAUUUUUUUGUUUGCUGGUAACAGUUAGUACACCUGCACUGCAAAGGUCUCUUGCAUUUCCACUUUCCCUCUGACGCAGUGUGUGACGGCUUUUGAAGUGGCGGGUUUGCAACCGCGGCGAGAACUUCCUCUCUCAACUACAAGUUUUCAUUCUUCUUACUCUCUCCAAGGAUUCAGGAAGUUUCAGACUUUGAGGAAAGAGAAGACGUGAAAGUACUUUUUAUUUUGUUGUUUAAGCCACUUCCAGACGACUCCCGCUCGUUUGCAUGGAAGCAAACCAGGUGGUUUCAAUUCAAAGUUUUUGGUCUUGAGAUUAUGUAUUUAUGUUGAAGAGGAGAAGGACUGUUAAGUUCCAACAUUUGCUUCUUAACUUGACUCAACUUUGUCUGUAAAAAAAAAACAACAGGCAAAAUGUCUACCCUUGUCCAGAUAGUUCUUUAUCAACAAAACGUCUCAGUAUGACACAACUUCUGUCUGUGUGUUACUUAGGCAAACUGCAGAGGAAAAGAGAGGACUUAUUUGUUGCUCAAGGGUUGUGACCGGAAAGGGAUGCAUUUCUGCAGUAGUCAUAGGAUUCAUCAAUAGGAAGAUGAUCACAGUUGUAUAAAGUUGUGAAGUAUAGGGACGUAAGUAUAUGACGUGUGAAGCAGUGCUGUAUCACCUCUUGCUCCUAUACAGUAAGUCAUAUAUUCUCAACCAAAUGUAUUUGUGUGGUAGUUCUAUAGCACAUUCAUUGGUGGUAGCUGUCCUGUUGCGCUAGCUAGCUAUCUGCUUGCUCUGCAGUGUCGUAUGUUGCACUGAAGUCAGUACUGCGCUCUCGAAAAUUCCCCAUCAAGAAAAGAGAGGAUACAUAUUAUUUUACACAAUAAAUUUAAACAGCCAUCAAAACCAUGUCACUGGCAGCCUCAGCUCCCAAUCCAAUCCCAGAAUUUGUACCCACAUCACGUGACUGGAAGCAGGAAGUGAAAGUACAUUUAUUUGGUGUUCCUCAGGUCCAGCUGUUAACGCCCCAAAAUGGUGACAGUUUACGCAAACACCAGCCCAAUGCACUGUGAUUGUUGCCAUGGUAAUAGCGUUCGACGUCAAUCCGACACAGGUCCCUGCCUUAAUUUAUGAACAUUUACUUUGUUACCAACGGAUGUGUGAUCAAUAAUGCUUUGUUUCUAUCCAUCAUUUUCACCAAGACCCCUUACUAAAUACCAAAUACGAUGUUGUGUGUCAGAAGAAAAGCUUUCAGAAACAGGACUACAGAAACUCAGAGGAUAAAAAGCACAUGAAACAAAACUGAGUUGACCCUAAACUUAUUUUUAUAACUCAAAAUACUUACUGGUCAGAGGUCAUUUGCAUCACAGACAGUCAGUAAUAUGUACACAACCUUAAACCCUAUCACGGUACUAUUCUAACAUCUGCAUAGUGCUUCCACCAGCAACAAAUACCCUUCACAGUUACACACAUUAAUGUAGGGUUAUGAGAGGUAGAUGAGAGGUCAGUUACCCACUUACCCCAUAUGACAUUUAUCACUUUGAGGCAAAUCAAUGCAAGACUACCUGAAAAUGUGAUUUUGUAAAAGUAAGACUUCAGUAUGUGUCAUGUAUCCCAUUGAAAAUCCCCUCGUGCUUGUGUGUACUGGAGCUAUAGGCCACAGCUUUCUGCCGAGAGCUGAAAAGGACGUUUUUUAUCACAUUUAUCUUGCAUCCUGGUGUAAUUAAUAGAUCAUCGACAAAUGAAUCUGGAAUGUAAUGCUGUGACGGUAUUUGCCAGCUCUCUGUGUUUGGGGCAAAUACUGACAGAUGUUUCGUAUACAUCCUCUUUACACUCACAAACAGAACUUUGUGUUUUUAUGAUAUUAUAUGCUACUGCUUGAAGUGUUAAUUCACAUUUUGAAUGUUAAUUUAUGUUUUAAAAUGAGGCAAAUCGUUUUAUUGGUGUGGUUGGUAGUAUCGAAAGAGAAAAAACAUAUUUUGUCAGCUUUCUUUUUCGAUUGAUAGUCAUGAUUGUAAUGUUUGUUUUCUGGUUGAUUGAAACCAUGAAAUAAUCAGCUAUUUCUACUUCUACUCUGUAUCCUAAAGCCAGGAACGAUAUUAUCUUGUACCUUCCACCAAUACAUAGGACUCGCUGCAGUAUACAAUCAUAACACCUCGUUGCUUUGGGUAAAAGACAAGCACAAAUGAAUCAUUUUACAAACCCUGAAUAUUCAGAGGCUGAAUUUUUUUUGUAAUUUUGACGUUGUUGUUUAUGCCUCCUUUCGAGUCCAAACCAGGUUUGUUUUUAUAGCUCUUACCAAGUAUAAAUUUAAAGGCUGUCGUUGUAUGGCAAUGUUAAAUGUCACUUUAUAUGAAUCCUGAUUGUACUUUUUAAAUGGUCUAGUCUAUAGGCAAUCUCUAGCAUAUUCUAUCACAGUCAAAUUUGUGCUGAUACUAAGUGUGCGACGAAAUCCGAAAUCCAAUAAAAAAUAAAUGUGUUAUUCCACCUCGUAAUUUGCAAUGUCUGUGCUAAACGCACUUAAUUUCCCCUCUCUUGAAACAUUUUUUUUUUUUAUAGUUGUUUUUUUUACUGGCCCUUUAUCCAAGGAAUUUAACCCACAACCACUAAUGUAAACAAUAGUCAUU